GAGCACAGGCUCAGUACAGUACCUAGGUUCAUAUAUCAAUGAACGAAAUUGUUACAAAAAUGAGUAAUUUGUCUCGCGCAUUGUGUGUCGUGCUUAUCUUCGUCAUUCAAGAAUUCGCUGUCGCAAAUCAGGAUGGCGAAAGCGUUUAUAUCCAAGGAGUGGGAAGAAUACGUGGUUUCACCACGACUAGCCCCAAUGGGGUACUAAUCUCCAAUUUUUUGGGGAUUCCCUACGGAAAACAGCCCUAUGGUUUCAGCCCAAUCACUGAUCUCACAGGAGAUAUGGUCGACUUUGAUGCCAGUAACCAACACCCUUGUUUUCAGACGCCAUCGCAAUAUGUGCCCCCGACAAUAUGACGGAGAACUGCCUUACACUGUCUGUCGAUAAACCUAGGACGACAGACAUGUUUCUGCCAGUCUUGGUAAAAAUUCAUGGAGGGUCCUUCAAACGUUGGACUGCCUCGAUGUUUAACGGCGACCGACUGAUUGACAAUCACCCCAUGGUGGUUGUCUCAGUGAAUUACCGGAUUGGCAUUUUAGGUAAUAUUUUGUGAAUUGCAGUUCUUAGAAAAAUGGAGUGUCCAAAAUUGUGUCGUCUUUUUCUGAGCUGAACAAUAUGUGUUUAGGUUUUCUUACUCUGGAUUUCGACGAGGCCCCCGGAAACCUGGGACUCUUGGACCAGUUGACGGCCUUAGAAUGGAUAAAGUCAUAUAUUCACCACUUUAGAGGGGACCCCAAUAACAUCACGUUGUACGGCGAAAGCGCCGGCAGCGCGAGCGUUGCCUAUUUGGCAGAUUCGUCUCUUACCAAGGAUAGAGGGCUCUUUCACCGAGUGAUUCAAUCCUCAGGUGAGCUAUAAAACUACAAAUACAAUUGUAAAUUAUAUUUUAUGAAUUGUAGUUGAAUGAUAAGACCGUUUUUUGUUCUGAUAGGUGACAACUGUGCUGGAUGGACGAUAAAUUUUCGGGCUUUAGAACAAAGCAAGGCAUUCGCAAUUAAUGUUGGUUGCGAUUAUGAGACGAACCUAGACAUAGUUAACUGCCUCCGUGGUCUGACCAUUGAAACUAUACUGGCCGGGUACAAUGACAGCAGUUUUUAUACGGCCCCCAGCAUUCAGGACAAUCCGCUGGUCAGUGACGUCUACAGGAUUGUCCCGAAACAUCCUCUGGACAACGACCCAGAACAAACGAGGAGUCGUGUCCCCUUGUUAAUCGGGGGAAACAGGAAUGACGGGACGUUCCUCUUAUCACGAUAUGUUGAAGCAGUUCUCAAGCCAAACAACCACCAUCUUAACGUUACGUAUUUACGCAACAUCUUUUUGCAAACUCUCCUAAAUUCGUCCCACUUUGGAAUUAACGACACUCCAAUUGGGAUGGUGGAGUCCAUCAUUGCCUCCUUCCUGAAGGAACACAGGAUGGGUGUGAAUUUGACCGUCAUGGGACAGGCCGUGUCCGACAUCUAUUCGACCUUUUAUUUCAAGGCCCCAGCCCUUCAUAAGGCUAAAUCACAUGCCCUGUUGGGGCUGAAGACCUACCUUUACUCCUACGAAUAUGAAAGCUCGACCCACGUCUUCUACGAGGACCUCGGAGGAAUUCCCGAAAUUUUGCCUGGAGUUACCCACGCGGAUGAACUAAAUUACAUUUUCAAGUUUAAAGAUUUUUCGGAAGAAGAGAAACUUUUUAGCGAGCGCUUAAUCAAUACGAUUUAUAAUUUUAUGAUGCACGGAGAUCCUGGUGCACCUGACGACAAGGAAGAUUUAAACCAGGGGCCGAUCUGGACCCCAGUGACAAACGAAACCUUCGGAUAUACAAUAAUAAAUUUUACUAUGAGGGCCGGAUCCCAUUACGGCCAAACCUUCCACACGGUCUGAUUUAAAAGGUGGCUUGACUUGUGAAGCAGAAAAAAUAAAUUAUGCUUCAUGAAUCUGAAACUCGUGAAGAAAUAAGUGAAUACAUUAUUUCCUGAUUUAUACAAAUAUAAGUAUACAAAAGUAUCAAUACAAUUUACUUCAAUAACAUGUAAGUGUGGAUGAAUCUCUCUAAAUAAAUAC